UCAGGUGACUUCUUUGUUGACACGAGCAGGGUGUUUAGUUGCAGUGCAGACCUCACUUUAUUGCAAAUAUGAAACUGAGAGUUUUUGUAUCAGUUAUUGCUUUUUUUGCAAUUAAUAAUAUUACUAGAAGUUUUGCUUACAAGUAUAAUACUAAGUACUUUGAUCAAACUAUCGACCAUUUCAACUUUGCCUCCUAUGGAAGUCAGACAUUUAAGCAGAAAUAUCUGUAUAAUGAUUCAUAUUGGGAUAAAGAAAAUGGCCCAAUAUUCUUCUACACUGGCAAUGAGGGACCCAUUGAGGGUUUUUUGCAGAAUUCAGGACUAGUGUAUGAUCUUGCGGUCAAGUCAAAGGCUCUCAUCGUUUUUGCUGAACAUAGAUUCUAUGGCUCAUCUUU